UGUGGGACUUACAGGGCCUCUAUAGGAUGAGGGGAUUGACUGCUCACAAUCCCAGCCAGCAUCAGGAGAGCCUGUGACCUGUGCAGGCUCCAGAGUCCCCAGGGCUACGCAGAACCAGGAGGAACAGAGUGUGAAGGCUGACUGUCUUAGUCUCUUUCUAUUGCUGUAGAGACAUCAUGACCAAGGCAAACUCUACCCUGGAGUCUGACCCUGCAGUCCUCAGCACCCUGGUCACCAAGAUCCUGGUGCUGUUAGCCUUGCUCCCCAGAGGCAUGGAAGGUGUUAGUCUCGGAGCAAACGGUGCAGACAGCAGCUUGUGUCACAGAGGCUCAGAGCAGAAAUCAGCUGGAGAUCAGAGAGUGGAACGACCUUUCCCUGACCCUCAUUUUCAAGUCGGUGCGAGCACACACCCGGAGCCCGCACCGCACAUUCCGGAGAAGGAAGAAGCGCGAGCCACACUCACACACCCACACUUCCAAUCGUGGCGCACACCGGAGACUGGGACUGCUGGACCCUGCCCAGGCCUCAAGUUCAUUCCAGCUCUAACGUCAAAACGGACCCUGCAAGGGCUGCGGCCGCUCAAAGAAUAGAACCUCAUUAGCAUCUUGCUUUGAAUAUCAUUUGCAUUUUAUUCAUCUCCUGUCAAAACGCUCGGAACACUUCCUCAGCCCUCAGUUUUUUCCUUUCAGCUAGAGAGUCUCAAGCAGGUUUCCUGGGGCCCCACCCUUGCCGUCCGAUCCUCCACACCUGCCAUUCUCCGGUGGCCACAGUCCCUACCAAAGGGGCUGAUCCCCAGACGUCUCGGCAAGUUCCAGGCUCUGUCCUAAGAAUGUUAUUCUAAACUUACAGCAUCCACUGAACAAAGUACUACGUGAGAGCCCUUUGAAGGAGGAGGAAACUGAGUUAACAAAGGUGCUUUGUCCGCCAGGUGUUAGAACUAAAUAUCAGGAACGAUGAACUUAAAUCCAAGAAAACAGGAUGUCGAAGCCAAAAGGCCUCGCCACUUGGCUGCCCGACCUCGUGCAAGGUCAAACCUAAGGCAACCGCGGCAGAAAGUCUGUUUGCCUUCAAGGAAUAAAGUCAUCCUCAAGCCAGCCACGACCCCUCCCCCAGCCUGGCCGCUGUGGGUGGGGGGACCAAAGCCCAUUCCCAGUUCCCCCUGGUCGCCCGGCUGGCCCCUUCUCCUGACCCCUUUCCCAAGCGCAGGAUCGGCCUGGUCCUUUCGCCUUGCUCACGGGGUCGUCUGUGUGCACUGGCUAGUUAAGAAAAAUAAACACCGU